AUGCCUCAACUUCAAACAAGCUCGGCAACCAUCACUCCUCUUCGAUUGGAGUUGAAACAGACUCCCACCAACACACAAUCGGUGGUACAGGAGAAUGGAACGCUUCGAUUAAAUGAAUCAUCGGGACAGUCAAAUCCCGUCAACAAGACAGCGAGCCAAACCGGAAAUACUCAAAUUUUGCAAACUCAAGCCCGAAAGAACAAUAACAACCCUUUGUAUACUACCUCAAAUUCCAUGUACGGCUCUAAAAAGGCGUCGGAAAUUCAUAGACCGAGCGAAUAUUUUGGAAGCUCUCAUUCGUUCUCAAAAGAGUUUGUUGGUGGAAUGUUUAGAAAUCAUAGUUUGAACACAAAUAGAACAAGAAAUAUUGCUUUACCAGACCCCACUUUCGGCGCGAAUCAUUACCACGAGCAAUAA